CUUUCAUAAAUUUUUAAAUUCAAAUAGACAUAAUAUAAGACAGACUAGAAAGAAACCUUUCAAAUGUGAAAAAUGUGACAAAUUGUUUUGCAUGCUUUUACACCUAAGUCAACAUCAAAGAGUUCAUACUGGGGAGAAUUUGUACCAAUGUGAAGAACGUGGCAAAGCCUCCAAGUGGUUCUCAACCUUUACUAGAGACAAGAGAAUUCAUAUUGAAGAGAAACCCUUCAAAUGCAAAGAAUGUGGCAAAGCUUUUAAAUUUUCCACAACCUUUAUUGCACAUAAAAGAAUUCAAACUGGAGAGAAACCCUACAAAUGUGAAGAAUGUGGCAAAGCCUUUAAUGAGCCUUCAAACCUUACUACACAUAAGAUGAUUCAUACUGGAGAGAAACCUUACAAAUGUGAAGAAUGUGGCAAGGGCUUUAACUGGUCCUCAAACCGUACUAAACAUAAGAGAAUUCACAUGGGAGAGAAACCCUACAAAUGUGAAGACUGUGGCAAAGCUUUUAAUCAGUCCUCAAUCCUUACUAAACAUAAGAAAAUUCACACUCAAGGGAAACCCUACAAAUGUGAAGACUGUGGCAAAGCUUUUAAUCGGUCCUCAUUCCUUACUACACAUAAGAGAAUUCACACUGGAGAGAAACCCUACAAAUGUGAAGACUGUGGCAAAGGUUUUAAUUGGUCCUCAAACCUUAGUAAACAUAAGAUAAUUCAUACUGGAGAGAAACCCUACAAAUGUGAAGAAUGUGGCAAAGCUUUUAAUCGGUCCUCAACCCUUACUAAUCAUAAGAUAAUUCAUACUGGAGAGAAACCUUACAAAUGUGAAGAAUGUGGUAAAGCCUUUAAGCAAUCCUCAGUUCUUAUUAAACAUAGGAAAAUUCAUACUGGAAAGAAACCUUACAACUAUGAAGAAUGUGGCAAUGCUUUUAAUCCUUGAACCUUAUUAAACAAAUACUUUAUACUGCAGAGAAACUACAAAUGUGAAGAAUGUGGCAAAGCUUUUAACCAUUUCUCAAGUCUUACUAAGUAGUAAAUUUAUGCUGUACAGAAAUCCUACAAGUGUGAAAGACCUGGUAAAGCCUUUAGUAAGCCCUUAAUUCUUUUUUUUUUUUUUUUUUUGAGACAGUUUUGCUCGUUACCCAGGCUGGAGAGCAAUGUCGCGAUCUCAGCUCACUGCAACCUCUGCCUCCCGGGUUGAGGCAAUUCUCCUGUCUCAGCCUCCUGAGUAGCUGGGACUACAGGCGCGCACCACCAUGCCCAGCUAAUUUUUGUAUUUUUAGUAGAGACGGGGUUGCACCAUGUUGGCCAAGAUGGUCUUGAUCUCUUGACCUGGUGAUCCACCCUCCUCAGCCUCCCGAAGUGCUAGGAUUACAGGCAUGAGCCACUGCACCCGGCCAGCCCUCAAUUCUUAACAGACAUAAAAUAAUUUAUACUGGAGAGAAACUCUACAAACCACAAAUACUUGACAAUGCUUUUGACAACACCGCAAACUUUUCUAACCAUAAGAGAAAUUAUCAUGGUGAGAAACCCUAGAAAUCUGAAGAAUGAGACAAGGCCUUUAAAUGGUUGUCACACUUGAUUUAGGUAAGAUAAUUUAUACUAUAAAAAAGGCCUACACGUUUGAACAAUGUGGCAAAACUUGUAACCAAUGCUCACACCGUAAUGUACAAGAAAGCCUUUAUACUUGAGAUAAAUUAUAUAAAGACUGAAAAAUCCAUUUUCAUAUCUGACUCAUGUCUUACUUGCUCACAUCUCACACCACAUGCUCACAUCUUAACACCAGAGAAUUUGUACUUAAUAAAAGCAUUAUAAGUGCAAUUUCAAGAUUUUUCAGAAAAUACAAGCUUUCAUAGUGAAGAGUAUUUAUUUUGAAGAUGAACAUUACAAAUAUAAAGAGAGUUAUACCUCUUUACUGGUAUCAGAUUUUAUUAUAGACAGUUUGUUCUAGAGGAAAACUCUGAAGUAGUUGCUCAAACUUUGUUCUGCAUCAGGGGAUUUAUAUUGAAGAAAAGUUGUGCAGAUGUAAUAGAUUUGGAAAAACUUUCAAAACCUACAUCUUAGAAAAUAACAGUUUAUACUAGAAGAUUUUUAUGCAGUUACAGUAAAAGUUAAAAAAAUUAAUACAUAAUUAAGUCUAUGCAAAUAUCAGAGUAUUUAUGGUAGAAAUAUAUAAGGCACUGACACAUCAGAUAUCCUAAAUCAGAAUGCUGAGUAUAGAAAAUCUAAAACUAAUGUUGGUAGAGAAAUUCUUUGUAUAUAACUUUAAGAGGAUCAGAAGGGUUUUUUGCAGGUAUGACAUUCAAAGUAUAUUUCUUAAAAAAUAUUACAGAUUUUUUGAGAAGUGAAUAAUAAUGUCAUUCAAUCCUGAAAUUAUUCUCUGUUUCUUCAUUUCUGUUGGAUUCACACAUGGAAGCAUGGAUCAAUUGUUGCUGCAUCAAAGAUAGGCGACAUUCUGUUUUGUUUUUUUGUUUUUUCUUUUGAGAGGGAGUUUUGCUCAUUCGCCCAGGCUGGAGUGCAGUGGCGCAAUCUCGGUUCACUGCAUCCUCUGUCUCUGGGUUAAAGCGAUUCUCUUGCCUCAGCCUCUGAGUUGUUGGGAUUACAGAUGCGUACCAUGACACCCAGCUAUUUUUUGUAUUUUUAGUAGAGUUGGGGUUUCACUAUGUUGGCCUGACUCGUGAUCCAUCCACCUCAGCUUCCCAAAGUGCUGGAAUUACAGGUGUUAGCCACUGCAUCUGGCUUUUUUUUUUUUAAGACAGAGUUGCUGGAGUGCAGUGGCAUGCCUCAGCUCACUGCAACCUCCACCUCCUGGAUUCAAGCAAUUUUCCUGUCUCAGUCUCCCAAUUAGCUGGGAUUACAGGCACUUGCCACCACACCCAACUAAUUUUUGUAUUUUUAAUAGAGAUGUGGUUUUACCAUGUUGGACAAGCUGGUCUCAAACUCCUGACCUUGUAAUCCACCCACCUGGGCCUCUAGACAAGAAGUUCUUUUUUAUUAGGUGGGUGUUACUUAUGAUCUUUUCUAUACAAAAGUGAAGGCAUUAAAAUGUAAAAUGCACAAUGAAAAUCUGAAUGGAGAGGCUCUUAAAGGUUAACAUAAUAUUGAGUGAUGCAUGACGGAGAUGUUCAGAGUAAUAUUGUGCAUUGUCAUAUGAAGACAACAUGUUUAAAAUUAAAUUAGUAUUAUAUUAACUAUUAUAUAAUGAAAUGCAGUACAUUUAAAAAUUUUUAGAUUAAUAAAGUUAAUACUUUAAUUCAAAAUUUUUACAUGUUAAACACUAUUUUGCAUUCAAUGAAGCAUUAUUAUGCCACAAACUUUAACCUCUUCCACCUUAUCCAAGGGUAUAGGUAAAAGAUCGUAAAAAUAUACAUAACGGAUUAACGUCCCUAGUAAUUUUUUUUGCCAGUGGCUUUCAACUGCAAAUAAGUUAAAGAAUAUUAUUUCUGUACGUUAAAUUUUUCUUUUUUUAAGAUGGGGUUGCCGGGCUCAGUGGCUCACGCCUGUAAUCCCAGCACUAUGGGAGGUCGAGGCGGGUGGAUCACAAGGUCAAAAGAUCGAGACCAUCCUGGUCAACAUGGUGAAACCCCGUUUCUACUAAAAAUAAAAAAAAUUAGCUGGGCAUGGUGGCGCAGCCUGUAGUCCCAGCUACUCGGGAGGCUGAGGCAGGAGAAUUCCCUGAACCCAGGAGACGGAGGUUGCGGUGAGCCGAGAUCGCACCAUUGCACUCCAGCCGGUGUAACAAGGGCAAAACUCCGUCUCAAAAAUAAAAAGAUGGGGUUUCACCAUGUUGGUCAGGCUGGUCUUGAACCCCUACCUCAGGUGAUUUGCCUACCUUGGCCUCCAAAGUGCUUGGAUUACAGGCAUGAGCUACCACGCCCAGCCAGGUUAAAUUUUUAUUCCGUUUUUAAUCAUUUAAAUUUAUUUUAAUCUUGGGUACAUAAUAUGAGUAUACAUUCAUGUGAUAUAUGCCUUAUUUUAAUACAGGAGUAGAAUAUGUAAUAGUCAUAUCAGCAUUAAGUGAGGCAUCCUUCAGUGCUAGCAUUUAUCUUCUGUUUUACAAACAAUCCAAUUCUACACAUAAGAAUAAAUUUUACAGGUACAAUUUUUAUUUACUACAGGGUUAUUUUUAUGGUCAUAAUAAGAAUUAUAGACAAGUAUAAAUAUAAUUCAUUUUUAGAUUCUUAAUAAAUGUUUUUUCAAAUUUUAUAUAUUUUUCUUUGAACGUGUGGCCUGUCUGCCUGCAAAAACAUACAGACUUUUACUUUUGACUUACAUAGAGUUAAAUAUAUAUUAGUGUAAAGACAAACCUUAGGUGUAAGAAAAUUAUAGAGUGUGUUUGUAUGAGUAUGAGUUUGAAAAGAGCAAAAUGGGAACAAAAAUUAAUUAAAGUGACUACUUUUAGAUUUUUAAAAAAAUCUUAAAAAAUGCUGAAAGCAAACAUAUACUUUCUGCUUUGUAUUGAAUUUCUCCCUGCAAAAUCCAUGACUUACAGUUCUGCAUCUUCCCAUGCAAAUUCUCUGUAUUUACUUGCCUAGUAUUCAUGCUAGACCCCUACUUUUUUUGUUUCUUGCAUAUUUUUUGUUUGUUUACUAGUUUAUGAAGUAUUCAUUAUGUGAACUGGUCUGUGAUUGUAAGAAUUUUUAUUUUUAUUUAUUUAUUUAUUUUUGAGACAGAGUCUUGCUCUGUUGCCAGGCACCAGGCUGGAGCUCAGUGGCGUGAUCUCGGGUCACUGCAACCUCCGCCUCCUGGGUUCAAGCAAUUCUCCUGCCUCAGCCUCCCGAGUAGCUGGAACUACAGGCGCGCACCACAUGCCCAGCUAAUUUUUGUAUUUUUUUAGUAGAGACGGUGUUUCACCAUGUUUCCCAGGAUGGUCUUGAUCUCUUGACCUCGUGAUCCACCCGCCUCAGCCUCCCAAAGUGCUGGGAUUACAGGCGUGAGCCACUGCACCCAGCCAAUAAUUUUUAUAAAAUUUAGUACACUCAAAAUAAUUUUUAGAUGUUAAUUCUACAAUUAGUGUAUUGUUACACUUUCUUGAGUUGGUGCACUCCAUUUUGUUCUUUUAAUGGGAGAACAAUAUAUAAGCUUUCUUUUCUUUAGUGAUUGUUCCUUUCACCUUUUAUAAUUGACGUAAGUAUUUUUAACUAUUAAGUCCAUUUGUUCAGCUAAGUACUGGACAGUCUUCAUAAGUCAUUUAAGGAUUUUUUUUUUCAGACAUAGUCCUGUUGCCCAGGCUGGAGUGCAAUGGUGAAGUGGCAUGAUUGGCUGACUGCAACCUCCACCUCUUGGGUUCAAGUGAUUCUCAGCCUCAGCCUCCCGAGUAGCUGGGAUUAGAGGCAUGUGUGAUGACAGGCAUGCGUCAUCAUGCCCAGGUAAUUUUUUUUAGUAGAGAUGGGGUUCACCAUGUUGGCCAGGAUGGUCUUGAACUCCUGGCCUCAAGUGAUCCACCCUCCUCUGCCUCCUAAAGUUCUGGGAUUAUAGGCUUGAGUCACCACACUCAGCAAGUCAUGAGGAUGUUUUUAUAUAUAAAGGUAGCAAACAUACCUUACAGGUUUUGCUCUGUAAUAGAUUCUCCAUAAUGAUUCGCAAAGAUUCCUGCUGCAGUUAGUUUGUAACUUCAACUCAGAGAAAGUAACUAAUACUUUUACAUAGUUAACAUUUUUUGGUGAGAUCAUGUGACAUUGUCUUGUUUUUCAAAAAUCCAAAUACAUCAUUAUGAACUGUAGUCACCAUGUUGUACAAUAAAUCUCUUGAAAUUA